CCCAAAUGGACCCACCCACACCCGAAUCCCUCGCCCUCUCCACCGCCGACCCCCUAACCUCUCAUUUCACCUCCCUCAACGACCUCGCCCAAGAGCUCGCCUCCCUUCAAGACCUCGCCACGCGCGGCUCCUGGCGCUCCAUCCUCGACAAGGUCACACGCGCCCGAGCCCAGUCCCUCCUCACCAAGCCCCACGACCACCUCGUCUACUUCACCUACAACGUCCUCGCCCUCACCAAACUACGUCGUUUCACCGACGCCGCCGGCGAGAUCGACUCCCUCGAAGACCUCAACAGCCUCCGCUACAAAUACGAAGGCUAUCCGGAUGUCUACCCGGGCCGGGUCGGGUCCAUGGUCCCGUUCUCGCUGCGGUGGAUGUACGCGUUGAUCCCGAUGAAAUUGGGCCGGCGGCAGGAUGGGCUGGACCGCCUCUAUGUCCUGCUGGAUUUCGUGAGGCGAAAAGUGAAGGAGAAGAGAGAGAUUGGGAGUGUUGAUGUGUGGAGGAGGAGGGAGAUGUUUGUUAUGAAUGGCAUUAUCGGGGUUCAUUUGAAUCAGAAGGAGCUAGCUGCUUGUUUGAGCUUGAUCAAGGAGUUAUUGAACCGGGAUUAUACCGAUCCGGUUCUUGUUUCGAAGCUGGGGUAUAUACAGAUGCAAAUGGGGGAUUUAGAGGGAGCGAAAAGCUCCUUUAAUGCGGUGCAGGGGAUGGUGGAGAAGGAGGAGGGGAGUGAGAUGAGGAAUUUGGUGAGUAGGAACAAGGCGUUGGUGUUUAUGGUGGGGAAGGAUUAUGUGUCGGCGGUGAGGGAGUAUGAGGAGUGCAUUGAGAGGGAUGGGAGUGAUGUGGUGGCGAUUAAUAACAAGGCGCUUUGUUUGAUGUACUUGAGGGACUUGUCGGAUUCGAUCAAGGUAUUGGAGAGUGCGCUGGAGAGGGUUCCUACAGUGGCGCUGAAUGAGACGCUUGUGGUGAAUUUGUGUAGUAUGUAUGAGCUGGCUUAUGUUAAUCAUGGGGAUGUUAAGAGGACGCUGAGUAGCUGGAUUGCGAGGGUUGCUCCGGAUGAUUUUGAUACGGCUUCUACGAGGAUUUGAUAUCAGGAUACGAACUGAAGGUUUCUAUGAACUGAAGGUUAUGUUGUAUUGCUUCAGAUAUAAUGCAGAGGAGGCCAAAUUCCUUUCACCUACCCCUCUUCACCAGUGAGAUUGUCCAUCAUCCAAUUUUGUUGCUUUCGAAGUUAUCCAUAUACUUAGCGAAAAAGCAUGUUAUGUAUAUGUUUACUUAGUCAAGUGACUCAAGUGGAAUGUUUUUGUUGAAUGGCCACUAUGAUUGUUUCGAAGAGAAAAGGCUGAAUCAUAGCUGGGGUUUGGGAGCAACGACUUUUAUCUGAAAAUUAAAAGAGGAAUUCCAGAGAAGGUGGAAUUCAGAUAAGGUCGUGCAGGUGGACAAAUAGCCAUAAGAGGUGUUCAGAUAAGAGUUGUUUGACCUCUGACCAAUAAUUGGCCAAAAGAACCUCUUGGAAAACACCCUUGAUCCCCAAUUCAAACCCUAAUUUAUGCAGAUGACUCCAGUUGGAUACCGUUCUCUCUCUCUCUAUCUUCAAGAAGUAUAAAUCCUUGCAAGUAUUGCUUGCUGGGUUAAUUUGCUUGUGAGUGUAUUUUUCCCGUUUUUCAAUUGCAAAUUUGCAAUCAUCUUUAUUU